UGGCGCUUUUCUAACGUUGCUAUCUGUAAACAACAUGGACGACUGGCGCGGGCACUUGCUGUUUCUGUAUUAGUACUUUUAAAAAACCAUGAUUUACUUUAUUUCUAUUUUUACAAUGGGUUAAUUGCAAAUGCUAAACAAGUAUGCGUUGAAAUAAUGGCAUUCACCGUUUAAAUUGCAACAAAGAGACUUGACAUAUUCUUGACACAGUCACACCCAGCAGAAUGCCUGGAUUAACAGACAGAGUUCACUUUGAAGAUGAAGUGUUACUCAGGAAAACUAAUCUCGAAGCAAUUCAAGAAGACAGCAAUGAAAGCUACAAACAACGAGUAGAGGAAAUCCUGAACCCUAACAGUACAUACCUUACGGAACUCCAGGGACCGGAUGAACUGGGAGAGGACUUUGGUUUCGAACCAGAGGAUGCUGAUUUUAUAGUGCCCAGCGUAUCAGAGGCUGAUUACAUCGAUGGACUCGAUGACCCCAUGCUGGAUAAGAUUAAGGGGGAAAUAGCCAAGGAUUUGAGGAGACAGGAGUCAGAAUCUUCAGAAACAUCCUCGAGGACUGAGGACUCGAGGGACCAAGAGGCGGAACUGAAUAUUCAUUACUCAGAGCAUUUUACUUCAGUUCCGUAUGGAGUCUUGCCAAGAGCUACAUAUUCACACGGUCGCAAAAAUGCAGACAUCAUGGGAAUUGUGUAUAACGGGAGGAUGAGACAGUUUGUCAUUUUGGACGGUAAGGGAAUCACGACAUGGAAGAGAGACCCAGGCCUGAAUGGAGAGAGGCGCAUUCAAAGGGCACUGAUGUACCCAAAGUACGAAUACAGACUGAUUUCAUAUCUCGUUUACGCCAAGAAAUUCAACUGCUACUUUGCUCUUGGAAAAGAUUUUGCCCUCAAGGUUCUGAAUCGAGACUUCAUUGAGACUUGUUCAGUGAGUGCGAACCUGCGAUCUGUUCUGUUCAUGUUGUUCAACCCGGUAGGCGAUGAGCUAAUUACAGGGGGCGUUGGAGGAACGACGAUAUGGAAGUUUGAACAGGAUGCAGCCAAACCAUUAACAGAAAUCAAACCACUUGCCAAUUACAGACUCAGACGAGUUCGAGACCUGAAGGACGUUGGUGGAAGCUGGGUAAAGCGGGUUGACCUUGACUUGACCUUGCAGCACCUGUACUGUUGUUCCGACACAGAUCUCUAUGCCUACGACCUCAAAGGGCAGCUACUCUUCAAAUUCCUAAAAGCUCACACCAUGUCCAUCACGGGCUGUAUCUACUCCCAGUUCUCCAAGACGCUUCUGACUUGUUCCAUUGAUACAGAAGUGAAGAUGUGGAGUUUACGGGGUGGACUUGUGCACACUUUUCGUGGGCACUCUCGAGCAGUCACCAGUCUAGUGGUUCAUCCGGUCAAGCUGUCAAUCAUAGUGACCGCCUCAUUAGAUGGGUCAGUCAAAAUGUGGUCACUCAACACAAUGGAGAUAUUAUACAGUGUUGUGAUCUCCACGGAUGGGGUGCUCUGGAUGGGAAUGACAGAUGACUCUCUGAUGUAUUGUGCCACUGUCAGAAACAUCACUCUCUGGAAUCUCAAUCAGUUCUACGAUUUCUUUGCCGUUGCCAGAAGCCGAAUUUGCCGUCUUUCUCUUGCCAGUUGUGAAAAUAAAACAACACGAGUUGUCGCUGAGGGUCAGGAUAGCAGCAUGCGUCUGUUUUCCCGUAAGAGUCAGAAGAACUUGACGACAGUGUUACCUCCCCCUGAUAUUUCCCCCCUACAGAGGGUGCUCAGUGUCUGUUACAGUCGGGAGUAUAAUAUGGUGUUUGUCCUCAUUACUACCAUGGAGAUCUGGGUCUAUACCACAAAGACUGAUCCUAGCUGCAGGGUGAUGACUUGGAAUGUCCAUGACUUACAGAUUCCUUAUCUCUCCAAUAAAGGCAAGAAGGAUUCUGACAAUCCACUAGGGGGCUGGUCAUCCUCAUUACAAGGCGGCCCCUCCCACCGUGCCACGGAGAAUGGUCUGGGUAACGAAACCCUGGCCUCCUGCCACUCCCUGUGCAUCUUAACGUCCACGGCCACCAUGUGGACGGAGGAAGGCUUCUGCUGCCCCAUACAAAAUAUGGACCUGGAGGAGACUUACCUACUGAUGGGAAUGGAGGAUGGAAGAAUUUUAUUCAUGGAUCCAGUCACUAAAGGGAAGAAGUAUCUGGAAUUCAAAGCUUCUAAAGACGCUAUUCAGGAAAUGAGACAUGAUAUAUCCCACAGUGCUCUGAUAACGACGUGUCACCUCAAAGAACUCGCCAUGAUCCAGAUCUGGAGCUUACCUCAGCUUGAGCUGUUACAUGAGAUGUACUGCUCACUGAACAUAGCUUGUUAUUCCAGGAUGGACAAGUUGUUUAUGACGGGACAUCUUGACGGAUGUGUGAACUUUUACACCCUGGAACCUGCAGAAGACUGGGGAUUGUUCAGAGCAAAAAUUGAACCCAACAAGGACAGUGUGGUGAAGAAGAAGCGACCAGAACACAAUGCGGAAGUGGUGGCCAUUGACUCCUCAGCCUCCAUGAGAAUUUUCUGCUCGGCCAGUUUGAAUGGAGUGAUCAGAAUUUGGGAUGAAAACAAGCACCUGAUGACAGAAAUCUUCAUGGACAAGUUGGAAAUUGAUGAAAAUAUUCUACAAGAAGAACCAGGAAGGAAAAAGAUUAAGGUGGAUGAGCAAGGAAGGAAGGAAAAGGUGGAGGAUGAGGAAGAGGAAGACAGUGGCACUUCCUUUCAAGACAAAUCCUUGUCAGCUGCCUGUUUUCUGAACAACAAAGGAGACCUGAUAAUCGGAUACAAGAACCACAUCUUUUUUAUAGACCACACAAAAGUUUGUCCACAUUUAUCUGUGACUGAGGAGGAAGAAGAGAUAGAUAAAGAAUCUGCCAUAAUCGAAGAUCCAUCUGUGAUUUAUGAAGGGGGAGUUUAUCUUCCAGAGCCCGUCACACUGGAAAAUUACUUGGUACCCUUUGAUUUUAUCGAUUUUUCAAAAGACUUUUUGGAAGGAAAAAUUGACUUGGAGGAAACCUCUGAUGAGGAUGAGGAUAGUGGAUCAGAGUCCUCCCUUUCCCUGGCCCCAACUGAAAUUUAUCAGUCCCCCCUUGAUAGCCCCUGGAGUCGAUCAAUGAUUGACUUGACUUUGGAUUCUGAAAUCAACAAACAUGACCUUAGACAACGAAUGAAUCUCACCAUGGAUGAAAUUUACAAGCGAGCUGAGGAAGAUUUCAGAGAGGCAAGGACAUCACAAGAGCGAUACAUGCGAAGGAAAAUGUUGUUCUUUUCAAAACUGAGGAGUGGUAAGAGGAGAAGAAAGGCAGUGAGUAUUCUGAAUGGAGAUGACACACCUCGUGCUUCAGACCAGGAGUCAGAGGGAGAGAACCUGCCCAAGUUUGACUUUCCAAUGUUUGGGAAUUCUCCUGGCCCUUCUCCAGUUCCUACUCCCCCCUCCCAUCCAGCCACCCCAGAAAUCGAGGAGGUGGUAGAGGAUGUUGAAACUCAGUCCUCAAAACCACUGGAUGAUAAUUUUGUCCUGAAGGAAGUGCCUGCAGCGGAAGUGACUGAUUCUACCAAAGAACAACAGCACGUGGAAACUAAAACGGACUCUUCGGACGAGGAGGAGGUGAUACCUGACCGCCGGAACAAAUACAGACUAGACAACAUCAAACUGGACGUGAAAGGUCUGAUGAAGUCGGCCAAACCAACGGUGAGGAAGGCGCCGCACACUAGGAAGACGGACCCCUCACCGGCCAGGUCCGACCACACUCAUGCCAAGCAAGAGGAACAGUUACUUACUCCAGAAGAACUUGCACGUAAACAGGUAGAGGAGGAAAGGCGUUUAGAACGAAUGAAGAAGCAAAUGUUAAAGGAGAGAAAGUUUCCUAAGCGCGGAAAUAAACCGACGCGAGCGGAACUUCUUGCAGAACAGAAACGCUUGGAAGAAUUAAAGAAGGAGCAUCCGUAUGGAGUUGCUCCACAACUGACACAACAGUUAAAUAAAAAGCCCCCGCAGGAGGAGAACAAGGAGAAUGACGGUGGUGAAGAGAAGGAGGACUAUCCAUUAGUUCAGUAUGAACAGCCGGAUCUGGACAGCUUUCAGGAUGAACAGUGGAAUCCACGAGAAACAGGGGUCAGUGGAACCAGUUUAAUGGGGACCAAACUCGAUCUUCCACAAAUCAAGCGGGGAGGCGCGGGGACGCCAGGACCCAGAAUUAUCAAACCUCCUCCCACUCCAAUCUCACGGGGAGCAACUCCAUUACCACCCGAAAACAAUGGUCAUUUGCAGGUUCCAUCGACUCCCACUCCGGGAGGCAGGCUGGAGUUCCCAACAGAGAUCGACAGGCCUCCGGAUGAAAUGAGAAGAGAACUUCACUCGAGACAAGGCCGUAUUUCUCCACUAAAGGGAGUAGAGGAGGUCGAUCGAGAGACCCGCACUCCAGACAUAGAAACAGCUGUACAGAGACAAUGGAGUGUACAAAACGAUAUCCCAGAAAGGCCCCGCUCCGAAACCCCCACAGCAGCCCUUAAGAAACUCUCAGAUUCCCGUAAAGGGGCCCCAAAAUUGAUCAGGGUUGAUCUUCCCAAAGAAAGUGACGGAAAAUUGGAUACAUAUCGCACAAGGUUAGCUUCUCCAAUUUCCGAGAUGACGGAGGACCGUUCACAUUGGAGUGGACACGAGGCGGACGAUGAACUGGGAGAUCAGCACAGACAUAGGAAACACUAUAAAAGCAGGAAAGAGAGAUCCCUGUUGACAAAAGAGGAGAUUAAAUAUGUUCAUCAGAGACCCAACUCGUCCUUCCACAGACCAAAGCCUGCAGAAAUGUUCCUAGACCUUCUUGGAAAACUGCAUUUUUCGGCAAAUGUAAAACAUUAUACUCAGGAAGACGUUGUUCGACCAAAAACAGCCCAUGUCCGCUUCCAGGCCGAGUCUCCAGAAUCAGGAGCGGAAGAAGUCAACAUAGCGCUAGAACUUAUUUUGGAACUUCCGGACAAUUUAGAAGAUUUACAGAAUGCGUUUGAAGAUGCACUUGAGCGAUAUAACAAUAUCCACGGAGUCCCGUGUACAGACAAGAAUAAACUGCUAUACAAAAAUGAUGGAAACAAUUUUGAAGACAAUUGGCAGGAAAGAGCAAUAGAGAGACACAUGUUGUUAAGAAUGAAGAAGGCGCUACGAUCAAAGAGCGCAGCACAGAAGAGACAGGCUUGGGAGGAUCAGUUGGAGGAGAAAAGGCAGAAACUUCAGCAGAAGGAUGCGGAUGCGCAGUCUGCCAUAGGACUACGUUCGGAAACCGUUGCCUCUUUCUUUGCAUUAUCUCAAGUGGAAAGGGCCAACACAUCGAUGUCCUAUAUGCCUCUCCUUAACACUGCAAAACCCACAGUUCAGCUUCCGAGGCGACCCAAAACGGCGGCAGCCAAUCUUCAGAAACAACAGACAGACAAAACGGCUCUCAAAGUAGAAAAACCUUUCAGACAUAAAAUACGACAAGGUGGAUCUGAGAUGUCAUUUUCAAGACCCCCCAGUAGACAGUCAUCAGAACCAUCUAUAUCGCCACGCAUGAUUGAUCCUAGAAACCCGAAUUCUCUCAGACCACCCUCAACAAAAUCCAUUCCUAGCAAGUGCACGCGAUACAUUUUAGUCAGUAAACAGAAACGCAAACCUGCUAUGCCGUUACCAACACCUCUAGAAGAGCACCUGCUAGCGGAGCGAUUCCCCACGAUGGGAGAGAAAGUGUAUCGACAACAUACGGACCUGGCAAUCCGGUCCAAAAAGCCCACGUACUGUGUGGAGUACACACCGUUUGUCAAUCAGUGGACUUAAUAUUCCAUUGGGUAGAAUCUCCAGACUGGCUAGCCAGAUUUAUUACGUUCCACUUAAGACUAGUUUGUGGUGUUCUGUUUGAAUAUUAGUGUGUUCUUCAUAUGAACAAAGUAAGGAAAUACACACAGUUGGUACUUGUCUAGUCGAAGUAAAUUGAAAUAUUUUGUCAGUAAAUAUCUUGAAGGUCUCACAUUGACUUCAUUUAAAUUCAUCAUGUAGUGAUGUCGUUAUUUUGCCAACAUUUCUUCCCGUCCUACGCAGACGUUUUAUAUUUUAUUUAUUGACAUUUUUGUGUGUGUCUUUUUUCCAUAUCAAUGACAUUUAUCUUAAGAAUUAAACAGAUUGAUGUAAUGUUUAUUUUCUUAGAUCUAUACAACUUGUGAUGAUUUAUUUUUAUAAAGAGGGUUUUUUUAUCAUGUGAUAAAAGAGAAAAUCGUACUUUACGAAUUAAGGUCAUGUAAGUGAUGUAGCUGAUGUCUGUGAUAUAUUCUGAUAAAAUGAAUAAAUGGAGGAGAUUAAA